CAAACCAGUGCCGUCAAUCCCAUUUUGUUAACAGCAAUAUAUAAGAUUCAAAUUUCGUCAUCAGCAAAGUAUAGCAUUCCAAUUUCGUCAGGAGUAUCGCCAGUUAUUUGUCGUUAUUGGGAGUUUAGAUGUAAUAAUCGUUACCAAUGUAUUUAUCGAAAUAAUCUUUGUGAUGGUUGGAGAGAUUGCUCUGAUGGUAGUGAUGAAUGGUCGUGGAACUGUGUUAGUCAAACCAGUGCCGUUAAUCACAACUUGCCAACAGCAAAGUAUAGCAUUCCAAUUUCGUCAGGAGCAUCGCCAGUUAUUUGUCGUUAUUGGGAGUUCAGAUGUAAUAAUCGUUACCAAUGUGUUGAUCGAUAUUUUCUUUGUGAUGGUUGGAGAGAUUGCUCUGAUGGUAGUGAUGAAUGGUCGUGGAACUGUGUUAGUCAAAGCAGUGCCGUCAAUCACAUCAUGCCAACAGCAAAGUAUAGCACUCAAAUUUCGUCAGCAGCAUCACAAACUGUUUGUCCGUAUUGGAUGUUCAGAUGUAAUAAUGGUUACCAGUGUUUUCCUCGUUAUUAUCUUUGUGAUGGUUGGAGAGAUUGCUCUGAUGGAAGUGAUGAAUGGUCGUGGAACUGUGUGAGCCCCUCAAUUCGCCCUUCAUCGACAGAACAAUAUUCAAGGAUGUCUUCAUCCAUACAGCAACAAUUCCCAUGUCGCUACAAUGAAUACCGAUGUAGAAAUGGCCAGUGUAUUAAUUCAAAUUCUUACUGUAACGGUCGUUAUGAUUGUUACGAUGGAAGUGAUGAAGAUAACUGUCAUUCAAGAGGGAAUUCUACUAGAUGUCAAAAGAAGUUGGAUCUUGGUUUUAUACUGGAUAAUUCUGGCAGUGUUGGAUACAGUAACUUUGAACAAAUGAAACGAUUUGUCAAAGAUCUGACGGACUUUUAUAAAAUUGGUCGUGAAGAAACUCGGGUUUCCGUGAUGUCGUAUGCGAACUAUGCAAACAUUCAUAUUCGCUUUUCGACAUAUUUUUCUGAUAAAAGCCAGUUCGAUAAUGCUGUGGAUAGAAUUCAAUAUACAGGCGGAGGAACUGCCACCAGCAUUGCUUUGAACAUGGCAUAUAAUUAUAUGUUUACUAUAGGAUAUGGAGCCAGAGGACCAGGUUUUAAAAAGGUAUUGGUAAUCUUGACAGACGGGCAUAGUAACACAGGGCAGGUGAGCGGACCAGCUUUGAAACUGAAGAACUACGGGGUUGUAAUAUUCAGUGUGGGGAUUGGACACAGUUUAUCCAUGCAAGAACUGAGAGAAAUGGCAUCAGAUCCAGUGGAUCAACAUGUUAUCACUUUGAACAGUUUUUCUCAACUAGAAAGUCUUGCAGGAAAGAUGUCUUCACAGACAUGUAACGCAUCUCAUUUCCAACUGUUUUGUGACAAAGACUACAUGACAGCUGUAUUUAACCGUGAGGAUCUCUCAAAACACGUCAACAUCGACAAUCUGUAUCUUCGAAGUCGAAGUCGAUAUUGUAAAGCCAGCUGGAACUCAACUCAUGUCAUUGUAAAAACCUCGCUUACUGGUUGUGGAACAGUGUUUUCGAAAAACGAACAAACUCUCUUUUUUAGCAACGCUCUUUCUGAGGUGAAACAGAGUCACUCUGGUGUUAUCACAAGAAAUUAUCUUUUCCGAGCCAACAUGACGUGUUCAUACCCUCGAAAACGUACUGUCGGGCCUUUCAGUUUUUCACCAGCGAAAGAAAGAACGCUUGUUGUUCUGAGUGGAAAAGGCAAUUUCUCUCUGUCAAUGAAUGUUUUCAGGAGAAGUGAUUAUCGUGAUUCAUACACUUCACAAGACUAUCCAGUUCUCAAAUCUCUGUCAGAUAAUCUUUAUAUUCAAUAUUCUGUAAACACGAGCAACUCAGAUCUUGUCGUGCGCGCAGAGACGUGUAGAGCCACACCUACGAACAGACCUUAUGAUAGUCCACAAUAUGUCUUCAUAGAUGACGGUUGUGAUAAAGAUGAAACGAUCCGCCAUUAUACAUACGGGAUGAGUUCUGUACAACGUUUCAGUAUCCAGGCUUUUCGCUUUCUGUCACAACAUCGGUUCGUCUACCUCCACUGCGAUCUUGUUGUCUGUUACAGAUAUGAUUCUAACUCCACCUGCUCCCGAAGUACUUCAUGUCCGCGACGAGUUCGUCGCGAUGCUGCCGAUAAACCAUCAGAUGAUGCAUCAAAAAAAUAUGCGUUGUCAUUUGGACCAUUAAUGUAUAGAAAGAAAUCAACUGACAAGAGCUCCGAAGGUCAAACUGGUGUCAACACUACAUUGCUUGGUUCCUUGGUUGGGGUUGGCUGCCUCAGCCUGAUUCUUAUUGGCGCUUUGGUUAUCGUGAUUAAAAGACCUCGUCGUCAUAGAUCCACUGUUCACCCGCAAACUGGGGUCGAAAACAAGGAAGCGAUCGAGAUACAAGAUUUGGAGUACACUUAAUCACCUGUGUUUUUUAAUUUGAAUUGUUUGUAUGCGGAUUGUUUAGUUGUAUAGAUAACUAAACCAUAGAGAUAUUUUGUUUUAUGCUCUUGUUCUACCCAUAGAAAAUAGCGAGCGGAUAUGUAUAUAAAUAUACAAAA